GCGGACACGAGUAAGACCAGCUCUGGAAGAAAAUCUGCUGAGGCUCAGACGUACUUAUCGUGAAAUUGGUUGCGCCAGUGAACGUUCUGUAACCGACCGCCUUGUGAAGUCUGACUCUAUCCGCGUCACCAGCGUCAUCAAUUUUCUGGCUCGGUAGCCUUUGCGCCAUCCCGACGAGCCCUUGGUAUCGAUCGCCACGCCUCGUCCCAACAUGACGCCGGCAUCGCAGGCCCUCCUGCAUCCAGUGCAUAUGGUUUCUGCCGCUGGCUGGCUGUAUCCCUUCAAGGGCAUCUGGUAUUUCUCCACCCACUCCUACCUCUGGCCGCUGUUGAAAGGCCGCAUUCUGCCGUGCUUCCUGCUAUCCAUCUUCGUCCUCGCGAACCUCUUCAUAUGGACCUACCUGCCGCAAGUCGCCUUCCUCUACUUUUUCCAGGACAAGACCUCUGCCUGGGUGAACGGGACAUUUCUGGUGCUGAGUGAGAGCGCGGCUAUUGUGGCCACGCUUUUUGAAUGUUUCUUCGUCGAUGAAACGCAGGUGGACAUAUUUGACGCGGUGCUGGUCGAUAGAGGCUAUGAAGCCCUUGUGAGAGCCCAACGUCCGGUAGGACCUCCGGGAGAGAGCCCGCUCCAGAGACUCGGAAAACAGGAAAAGCACGCCGUCUUUGCCCCCUUCAGCCUUCGCCAAAUCGUCGAGUUCAUUGUGCUUCUUCCGCUGAACUUCAUACCCUGGUUCGGUGUCCCGCUAUUUAUCUUUCUGACUGGCUACCGCGCUGGGCGCUUGACACACUGGCGAUACUAUAAGUUCCUCGGUCUUGAGCAUAGGAGCCAGAGGAAGGCAUUCAUUCGCCAGUAUGGCUGGAAAUACACAUGGUUUGGCACUGCAUCUCUCUUCCUGCAGCUGAUCCCAGUGCUCAACAUGUUUUUCCUAUUGUCAUCCACGGUCGGAUCUGCGCUUUUGGCGGCUGAUUUCGAAAAGCAGCGCGAACCUCCGAUGGAGAACGACGAAGACGACGCGCCGCCUCCUUACACGGAAUAUGCCACUUAUGGGUCAGUGUGAGAUUGGAAGGGUUUCUAGUUGCAGUGAUAUCUACCUGUCAAGUAUCGUCUGAAAGUUCAGCCUUCGAUGACCUCCGUAAAUCUCGCACCAAUCCCGUGCUUCAUCAUACGUAUAUUGAAUCUACGGACCCGCUCUUGAUCUUUGGCCUCAAGUCGCCGCACUUUGACCCCACUACAAUCAAUGCCUAUCGAUAAGCGGUCAGGUCGCGGGCAGCGCCUCGGCAUCCGUUGUGGAGAGAAGCAAGUUCCACAUCUGACGUCUGAUACUUGCUUUGGAAUGCCAGGCAUAACUUCUUUCGGCUUGUGUUCGAGUGGUACUACGCGCUACAGUCUGGUCCCUUUUAAGCAUUGACUAUCUAUAACGUUUCUCUCUUUAUAGCGGUAAAACCUGUGUAAAUAGCUACUCAAGAC